UUACAAAAGUGUUCAUAAAAAUUCCCUCUGUAGAACUAAAUCUAUUCGUAUUUAUAAGGGUACACUGGAUACAAAACCCUAGAUAGUACAACAGAGGGGAAUAUUCGCUAGGAUAUUUCCUAAGGAAUCUAAAUCUUUAAAUUAUUUGCAUGCCAAGUACGGAUGCUCGUCCUCGUCCUCGUUUUCUGUUAAGCCACUUCGACCUCGACGACGAUCUGCCUUCGUCGCGUGAUGUCGACCUUUUGAGGUCAGAUUGUCAUGUCACAUCGUCGACACAUUGCAGCCUUCAAAGACUUUAUCUCCGUUGACCUGGUUAACCUAUGACAUGAAGUUUUUUCACUCAUACACUAACAAUAUUAGUACAAUGAAUUUUCUUUGAAUAACUUUGAAAUACUUCAUCUCUUUCAACAAUUAUUAUAGAUAGUGUGGGACAAAUCUGACAUUAAAAGCAAAUGGGGUGCUACUUUAUACUUUACUCUAACAAUUCAGACAAUCAACUUAUGCUUAAAGACCAGUCCACCAUUGUUAAAUCCUAUAUUCUACAUUAAUUCCCACUUUUACGUUUUCUAUUUUCCCUAAUCUUUUUCUUGGCAAUUAUACUAGGCUGGCAGAGGUGGCAUUUGGCCUUUCUGAAAGGGGUUGGUUGAGGUGGGGUUUCAGUUUCUAUUUCUAAUAUUCUGCAAGGACUACAAAAGGAUAUCAAAGAAUAUUGUGUAUCUUCAUGACAUAUUCUUGUAGCGAAUAUUUUAUAUUAUUUUACUGUUAAAAUUUAUAGUGAGAUGGAUAUGAUCUUCUAUCCUUAAUUAGAGGUUUUAGUACUUUUUUUUAAAUCUCUCCCAAAUUUGAAGGAUCUAUAGUGUUUUUACACUUUCCCUCUAGCGUGACUCGAAUUCAGAACCUAACGGACGUAGGUAAAGAUGUUUUUACCAACUGAGCAAGCCUAAAUCCUUAAACUGGUAAAAAUCAUGUUUUGGAUCACUUCUCACUUUAAUGAACCUUAAGUGUAGUCAAUUCAAAUUAAUUAGAACUUUCAUGCAAGUACCAAAAAUAAAAAAUAUUUUCACAUAAAAAUACAAAAUCCAAAUGGAAAACAAAUAACUCACUUCAAGAUUUGCCUCUGCUUCAGUAUCCCAAUAAAAAAGAGAGUCAUUUAAGUAUGUGGAGUCCAAAAGAGCGUCAUUACCAAUUACCCCGUGACCCACCCACGUAGUAUUCCUCCUCCGCCUGGCUUAAAUUCCAGAAAGGAAAAAGGUGAGCAGACCUCCAGGCUCCAACCAAAAGUUGCCAUAUAUUUUUUCACUUUUGUUGCCCUUUAAUUUCCUCUCUGUCUUACUUUGUGUUAGGGAAGUGAAUAAUUAUUAAGAGCGCGGUGUUUUGGAAUACAGAGAGGAGCCAGUGUCAUUGCUUUCUCCCUCUGCUCUCACUGCAAUUCCUUCCUCAGCUUUUUUAGUUACACCUAACUACUCUUCUUGGUUUCACCGCCGACACUUAUUUACUUCGUGUUUGUACCUCCACUUAUGACUUCUCUACGCGGUUGUUGAGUUAGAUUUUCAUCAGAAGGGGCUAAAAAUGAUAAUAAUCUCGUGUAAUUGUUGCUUUUUUACCUCUGCUAGAGGCUAGAGAAUUCAUGCAAGGUGUAGCCAAUGGAAAGACGGCCAAAGCAGAGUGGUGAAAGAAAGACAAUGGAGAAUGAAGAGCUUGUCAAAUACAUGUCAAGUUUGCCAAGUUACCUGGAAAAGGGGGAAAAUCUGCAGGAGAAAGCUUUCAGUGUUGGCGUCCUAGAUUGGCGUUUUCUUGAAAAAUGGCGACACGAACAUGUAAAAGAACCUUGUAGAACUAGUGGUUGUUCACCAUCCACCAGCAAUACCUUGUCAUUUUCCUCAAUGGAGGGAUCUUCAUCCAAUUCUAGCAGAGCCAGAAGCUGCUCUCCUGCUCGUCGGAGGAUUCAUCGUCCUACAUCACAAUCUUAUUAUGCAUCACCACCUAAAGGAAGUUAUGUACAGUUGCAAAACCAAAAACCUGGCGUAAUUAAAUCCCCGGAGAUUGAGCAACUUGUCUGCAGGAUAUAUCAGUCUUUUGAUGAGUAUCCACAAAGAAAUAUGCAAGAACUCGGCAAUGCUCUACACCCGCGUAGGACUCCUCAUGUUAGGAGAUCACUUGAUGUAGAGACUAAGACGAGAACAUCACGUUCCAAGGGAAAGAUGAAGAUCCAAGAUAGAGAAUGUUUAUCGAAAGGAGAUUUUGAUGAUUUUGAUUGCAUAGAGAAACAUAAAUCAGAUGUCCUUCAAGUACCAGAACCUGGCCAAGAAACUAACAGCUGCACAACUUUCUGCCCACCUGAUUCAGUAGUGAAAGACCAGAGCGCGGUGAAAUCAAGCAGACGGAGCUUUUCUUGUGGAUUUAUUUCUGCGUUCUACUAUGGACAGUCCUCUUCAGAUAUCUCUAGUUCCAGCACCCUUCCUCAUGAUGCUGAUGAGUCGAAGGUGGGACAAGCGAGUCCGAUAGAUGCAAAGGAUAGUUGCCUUUCAUCUAAGACAAUUCAGCCUUCAACAUAUUCAGGAAACAAAUUGUCCAGCCCACCUGGAACCAAUUCCAAACAAGAGAAGAAAUCAACUGUGAUGCUUAAGAAUCCAACUACACUUAAUUCCGCAGAAUCUACAAACAUCAGAAAUUCCUCUCCAACUCGUCAAUUUAGCAUGGCAAUGGGAAGGAUUGGCCAGAUUUCAGGUAUAAAAGAUAUGAUCACUGGAUCACAAGGUGUCAAAUGGCCUGCAGAACAAUCUAGUCCAAAUAAAACUCAAAGUUCGUCCUCAAUUGAUACAGGCUGUGAUAAAUCAGACACCACUGGCCGAGCCAGGACUAGUCCUUUGAGAAGGUUGCUAGAUCCACUGCUGAAGCCAAAGACAGGCAACUCUGAUCACGUUAAAUCUUCAACAAGACGUGGUGAAUCUCCUACGAAACGCUCAUUGAAAGUCAAAUUGGAUUUGAAGAGCUGUAAAUCGAUUGAUAUCGACGAUCCACGUUCUAAUGGCACAUUUGUACCAUCAAGAUUGCAAGCUCUCCUCCAAGUAGCUGUGAAAAAUGGUCUUCCUCUAUUCACAUUUGCAGUUGACAAUGAAGUUGACAUUUUAGCAGCCACAAUGAAGAAACUUAAUCCGAAUUUGAAGGAUUACAGUUGCUGGAUUUAUAAUUUCUUCACCGUUCGUGAAACAAAGAAAAAGAGUGGAAAUUGGUUAAAUCAAGUAGAAAAAGACAGAAGUCAUGGAAUUAUGCCUAAUAUCGUUGGAAAGAUGAAGGUUUCUGAUGUUCCAUUCUCCGAAUUGAAUAGGCAGAAACUUGACUCACAGUUUAGGAUUACGGAAUUUGUUUUGUUUGCUACAGAUCAGAAAGCAUCUGACCUUCACCCAAACGAUGAGCUUGCAGCUAUUGUUGUCAAAUUACCCAAUAGAACCUCCAUUUGUCCUAAUGGAAGUGGCCAUCAGGAUAGAAACUGCAGUAAUACUUCAACUUCAGGUUUAACAAAUCCUUUUGAAGAUCUUAACAUGACAGUUAUCCUUCCUGGUGGUGCACAUAGCGUACCAAGUAAAGGCGAGCCUUCUUCACUGAUUAACCGAUGGAGGUCAGGUGGAUCGUGUGAUUGUGGUGGCUGGGAUUUGGGCUGCAAAUUAAGACUUCUUAGGAAUCACACUAAUCAUCAAAGGAUAUCAAGUUGUUCCAAACCCAAACUUAAUGCUGCAAGAUUUGAACUUUUAUCCCAGGGGGAAGCACGGGACAGUAAGCCUGUCUUCAGCUUGUCCGCAUUCAAGGAUGGCAUAUUUUCAGUUGAAUUCAGUUCUUCACUGAAGGUUCUACAAGCAUUCUCCAUUUGUAUAGCAGUUUUAAAUGGUAGAAAUCAAGAAAGCUUCCAAAUGCAAACUUGAUUGCUGAAAAAUUCUUCUGAAGUAAUCAUGUUGCCAGAAGAUCCAGAGGGAACCCAAGUGGAACUUCUUGCCAAAUUUGUCUCAAUUCCUUCACUUUCCCCUGUUGGAAAGGUGCAAGUGACUUGCUAUACCAGGCAUGGUGAAACAUCAAACCAAAGGCUCUACAGUUUUUGUUUUAACUAUAGCUAAGCUUGUAAAAAGUAACUAUAAACAGGUUAAACAUCAGUCAGUGAUUGAUAAAGUGAAUCGCCAUGAAGUUGAAUAAGGCUCAUGACCGAAUAAAGCAAUUGUAAUUUGGUGUUGCUAGUGUAGAGUAAUAAGUGUGUAUCAGCAUAUGAAUAUACAGUAGAUAUUUCAAUAUUCCACUACUUCUUGAUAGCCUUAGUUAUAGCAUCCAAAGGCAACAAGGGAUGUUUAUACUAUACCACAUUAAUAGUAUAUGAAUAGAAAUAUACAUUACUUGACAA